UUUCCCAAUAUAUUGUCGUAAUGCUUGGCGAUUUUCUGAAAAAGUUUAUUGUACACGUUCCUGAAUAACUGAAGGGAACACAAGGUCGCGGGAAAAUUGUUGUUACACACGAGGAAAACUCUCCCAGAGCGAGAAAGAAGACGCGCCCGUGCGCACCAAUGGCUGACACCGACCCUUAUUUACCGAAGUCAAAAUGGCCUCCCUUCGAAUUUUAACACGCUCGAAGCUUUCCUCAAUUCUUUAUGCCUGUUGUAAAACUGAAUCACAAAGGAUAGUUUCACCAGUCAUCCUCGAGACUCAAAAAAGAUGGAGCUAUUAUUUAACAGAAGAAAGAUACAAGGACCCUUCAAAAUACACGAAAUUUGAAAUUACAUCUGAUCCAAAUGAAUGGAAAUAUGUUGAACGAUUACUUCCUUAUAAAGUUGUUCCAGUACCUCCAAAUAAUAUUGACGUUACAGCAAGUGGUUGGAAACCACAAAAUGCACCAGACACGAAUUUGCCCUAUUUUGUACCUCGCACAAAGAACUAUAUGCAUCCAGUUUACAUGGUAAUGUCAAAAAGAGGAAUGAAAAAACUGACGUAUGUACGUAAAAUUCAAGGAGAUAUUUGGCAGCUUGAAUCAGAAUUAAAAGAAUACCUUCAGAAACGAAAAGUAUCCUUAGUAAAUGUUGUUUCAUCGCGAAUCAAUGAACUAGCUGGUGUUAUUAUCUUUCGAGGUGAUUACGUUUCACAAGUAAACAGAUGGUUGGAAGAAAAGGGAUUUUAAUUUUUCCACAAUAUUAAAUUUUUGUAUAUUGAAAUAUUUGUAAUUACUUUCCAAUUAUAUCUUUAUAUUGAUAAA